UUUCACUCUUACUUCGCGAAAGCCUGAACACACAACACAACGGUUUAUUAAUCUUCUCUACGAGCUGCCAACAUUCAGAAUGACACCCGAGCAAUUCAAAUCCAUCUGGGAUAGAAUCUUCACCGGAAACCCAAGCGAAGCUCGUUCAUUUUGUGAAGAAGUACUCAACCCCAACUAUGUUCGCUUGGAAGCUGGUAGCGACCGAACGGACUUUGAGCGCGCCGUCGAGAAAAUUACUUUCUUCCGCCAAAACUGCAAGAAAAUAAACAGUUCCCUGCUAUUUUUCGCUUACGACAACAAGAAAAUUGCUGCACGGCUGAUUUGUGAUUUGGCAAUGAGUGAUGAAGAGGAGAAGAAGCUGGAGGUCAUGAUCAUGGUGGAGCUUGACGACGAGGAGAAGUGGGUGGCUGCUUGGGAGCUUAUCACUCCGUAUUUGGGUUGAUUUUGUGCGGUUAAGUGCGACUAGAUGCAUGGCAGUUUUGUUCAUACGUGAACCUGAAGAAUACGCC